AUGGCUACGGCAGAACAACAGAUCACCAAGCUCCGGUCCCUUCUGGACUUACUAACCACCUCGGUGAAUGACCUCAUCACCGAACUUUCCUACUCUCCAUCUCGCAAGCCCAUGGCCGACAACAAAGCCGACGUGCGCAUCCCGAGAGGACCGAAGACGGAGGAGGCCCGCAAAUGCAUCAUCGCCGCCGCAGGCUCACUCGAGGCGGCCGUUCUCACGCCACAAUGGCGUCUCGGUCACCUGGCUCAUAGCUAUUUCGUGUCGCGCGCACUGCAUAUGGCUGUCGAAUGGGAUAUACCCCAGUUGCUGGCGGACAGCGGGCCCAUGCACCUCGACACCCUCGCCUCGAAGACGGGAAUCGUCGAUACGAACAAGCUGGGACUCGUGAUGAGGAUGUUGUGCGCGCACCAUAUCUUCUCCGAGACAGCCCUCGGCGUCUUCGCCAACGACGAGGCAUCGACCGCCCUGGCGACCGAUGAGCGGCUCGCCAACUCGGUGCGCUACGCCUCCUUUCUUUUCCCUACAGCCGACGUGCUUCCAAGUCUUCUCAAGGACCCAGUUCUCUGCGCCAGCUAUGCCCCUCGAGAUUCGGCUUUCUCCAAGACCAUCGGCAAGGGCAUGGGCCAGUUCGAGUUCUUGAACGCGCAUCCCGAGUGGCGUGACUGCUUCAACUUAUGGCUCGCAUCGCUGGGGGAGUACUUGCACGGGCUGACAGACGUGCGGGGGUACCCCUGGGAAGACAUUCUCCGAAAUGGUGCCGUGGUCGUUGACGUCGGCGGAGGGCUCGGCAGCUCGAUUCAAGCCCUGCGAACUAACUUUCCCGACCGCCAGAACGAUUUUGUCGGCAUCGUCCAGGAUCAGCCCGGCAUGAUCGAGCACGCCACUGCCCACUGGCAAGAGACGGAUCCGCGGGCCUUGGCAACCGGCGCGGUCAAGCUCACCACGCACGACUUCUUCAACGAGAACCCUGUCAAAGGCGCCGAUGUAUACUGGUUCCGGUCGGUCAUUGUGGACUGGCAUAACGAAGACUUGAUCACCAUGUUCACGCACAUCAAGAAUGCCAUGACGCCCGGAAAGUCGCGGCUGCUCAUUGGCGAGUACAUGAUGCACCCAACAUGCGGCGACACCAUGUUGCCCAACGCACCGCCCCCUUUGCUGAAGAAUUAUGGUGAAUUCCAGGCCAUGGGGCUCAUCGGAGGGUUUGUCCUUACCCUGGCUUAA